GGAGCCCCAGCAUCCUGUGAGGGGCAUCUGAAGCGUUACAUCCUGGGUGGCGACAUGGCUGCGCGCGUGCUGUUGGAGAAAUGGUUGUCGGGGCCGCCGCCAAAGCCAACGGGGAUUGCGUCUGUGGCUUCUGAAGAUUGCCGGCAAAGCCAUUGCGAGGUUGGACAGAAAGUGCUGCAGAACGAGCCGCACAGGCACUUUCAGUGGACAAAAGCUUGCGACCUUUUCAAUCAGUGGUUGCAUGGCCGCUUCAUCCCUUGGCAGCUUGAGAAUUGCUGCCAUCAACGCCAGCCAAGUGGUGCCUCUCCAGCCUCUCCUGUCUCCCAGGAUUCACAGAUGGACAGUUUGCAGUUGCAGGUGUCCAUGGAGGAUCAGAUCGCCAGCUCUCUGGGACCCACUCAGGAUGCCACACGUGUUGCCGCGGCUUCUCCUGUGUCACAGGAUUCAUACGACGUGUUCAACUUGGAUGCUUCACAGGACCGUUACCCCACCUUGGCUCUUCUGCUGGACCUGGUCAACAACGCCAUCGCA